AUGUCGCACGAGGCUGAAGAAAAGCCUUCCAAGGAGUUCAACAGCGUUGCUUCCAUUGCCUUGACGGAGGUGGAGAAACCGGCCUUGGAUGAUCCCGAGAGUCGAGAAUUGGACAUUGAGAAACAAGAGCCUACAGAGACUCUGGAAGAAAAGCAAGAUGGCCUCACCGAGGUCAACAAUAACAUCGUAGAUUGGGAUGGAGAAAAUGAUCCUGAGAAUCCACGGAACUGGUCGAGGGGGAAGAAGUUGCUCAAUGUUGGGAUCAUCUCAGCUUCGUCUCUCACUUCACCCUUGGCAUCUUCGAUGGUAGCACCAGGUGUAAAGGCUCUCAUGGCCGAAUUCCACAGUGACAGUCGUUUAUUAUCAUCAUUUACUGUUUCAUGUUAUAUUCUCGGCUUUGCCUUCGGCCCCUUGGUACUAGCUCCGCUAUCAGAACUCUACGGAAGACGCAAGGUCUAUUUGUUAUCAUGGCUCAUGUCAUUUGGUUUCACUCUCGGUUGCGCCAAAGCUCCGUCACUUGGAGCAUUCAUCGUAUUCAGAGUGCUAGCAGGCUGCGGAGGUGUCGUCGCCCAAGUGAAUGGAGGUGGAACUAUAGUUGAUGUAUAUGACGUUCACCAAAGAGGGGCUGCUAUGUCCAUCUUCGCCAUGGGCCCUCUACUCGGUCCCGUGAUAGGGCCCAUCGGUGGUGGAUUUCUGGCCGAAGCCAAAGGAUGGAGAUGGGUAUUCUGGUUUCUCACUAUCCUCUUUGGGGUCUCAACUGUCGUUGGAGUCCUAUUUUUACGGGAAACCUAUGCUCCAACACUACUCGCGAAUAAAACUAAGCGCCUCAUCAAAGAAACCGGCAACCAGAACCUCGAGUCCAAACUCGCCAUCAAAAAGACACCAAAGGACAUCUUCUGGACGGCCAUACGACGUCCAAUGACGAUGUUGUUUCAUGACCCGAUUGUGGCUAUCCUAUCAGUUUACAUCGCGAUCAUCUUCGCGUUCUUAUACCUCCUCUUCGCCACCUUCCCCACCGUCUUCGCGGAACAGUACCAUUUCAACACAGGCAUCCAAGGUCUUGCAUACAUCGGGAUGGGCGUAGGUAAUUUGUCGGGCGCCGUCUUGACAGCAUUCACGAGCGAUCGGAUAUCCAUUGCCCUAGCUAAGAAGCACGGCGGACCUAAAGCUGAAUUCCGACUCAUCACAGUGAUGAUGACGUGUUGGGCCUGCCCUGUCGGGCUGUUCUGGUAUGGCUGGGCUGCUGAGGCAAAGGUCCAUUGGAUUGUUCCGAUUAUGGGGACGGCGCUGUUCGGGCUUGGGCUUUUUGGUACUAUGAUGCCAGUACAGACGUACUUGAUUGACUCGUACAAACGAUACGCUGCGUCAGCUCUUGCAGCGUCAACGUUGCUGAGAUCGCUUCUUGGUGCGCUCUUACCUCUCGCGGGACAAAAUCUGUACAUCAAACUGGGGUACGGGUGGGGAAACUCCCUCCUGGGGUUUAUUGGGGUUGCGAUGUUGCCAUUCCCCUUUCUGUUCUAUCGAUACGGCGAGGCAAUAAGGAAUAAGUUCAAGAGGGAGUACUGA